AUGUUGUCACAGAUUGUCACAUAUGUUUCCCUAGCAGCCUCGUUGGUGACCUUUGUUGAAGGUGGCGGGGGAAAGCAUUUUUACCGGCGACAGGAUGGUCCUGUUCCAACGGGCACCAUUUCUGAUUGCACUUAUUUUGUUGAUGCAGCAGUUGGAGAUACCUGUGCUUCAAUUACCAGGGACUGGGGAAUCACAGAAGCCCAAUUUCUUGCCUACAAUCCAUCAGUACAGUCUGACUGCUCCGGCUUGAUUGUUGGAGAUUCCUACUGUGUUGAAGAGAAUUAUGGCAACGGACCAGCUCCAUCGUCGACCGCUACGACUUUAACCACAAGCGCAACUGCGACUACUACUGCCGCACCUUCACCUACCCAGUCUGGACUUGUAUCAAAGUGUAAUGCUUUCUAUAAGGUUGUUUCGGGCGAUGAAUGUCAAGCAAUUGUGGAUAGCUAUGGAACCUUCACUCUCGCAGACUUUUACUCUUGGAAUCCAGCGGUUGGUACUAGCUGUAGAGGACUCCAAGCCGGAUAUUAUGUUUGUGUUGGAGUUCCCGGAUCCACAAGUACUCUUGCUUCCCCUACAGCAACCACGACUGCAACUUCUACAGGCCCAUCACCUACACAAACAGGCAUCAUCUCUACAUGCACAUCAUACUACCAAGCAGUAUCCGGCGACUCAUGCGAGGGUAUCGCCAAUAAGUAUGGCACCUUCACUGUAGCUCAAUUUGAAACCUGGAACCCAGCCGUUGGCUCAUUCUGCUCCUUAUUAAUCCAAGGAUACUAUUACUGCGUAGGUGUACCAGGAAUUCCUACCAGCGCAGUGAGUACCACAACAUCGACGACAACCACAACCACAGCGACAGGACCAACUCCAACACAAACCGGCAUUGUAUCAAACUGCAAUCAAUGGUACCAAGCAGUAGCCGGCGACUCAUGCGAGGGUAUCGCCAAUAAGUACGGCACAUUCACUGUUGCUACAUUCGAAAGCUGGAAUCCUGCUGUUGGAACAUCUUGUCGUUCAUUGCUCCUUGGCGACUACUACUGUGUCGGCACAACAACCUCCCCUACCACCAAGAUUUCGACAACCACAGCCGCUGCGACAUCAACCACGGCGUCAGGUCCACAGCCUGAACAAUCGGGCAUCGCUAGUAACUGUAAUAAAUAUUACCUUGUCGGCAGUGGCGAUAAUUGUGCAGCCAUCGAGACGAAUGCGGGCAUCACCCCGGCGAAUUUCCUCGCGUGGAAUAAGGCUAUCAAUUCUGCUUGCACGAACUUGUUGCUUGGGUACUAUGUUUGUAUUGGCGUGUCAUAG